UCGCAGACACACGACCAAAGCGCAACAGACACAGCGGGACCACAGCUGACUACCACCCGGGAAAAAAACUCUCAAAAUGCGGAUUCAUACGAGACAGACGACCGUGUUUGUGGCGGUACUUUUGCACAUCUGUCUGACCACGUCGCUCGAUCCUGACUUAUUCCCUCGGGCCCAAAACAUCACGUGGAUUUCCAGUAACUUCAAAACAGUACUGACGUGGGGACCAAAGCCUACUGCUGACUACUCCUACACCGUCGAGUUCCAACAGGUGGGCAAGGAUCAUCGGAGGAACCCCCAUUGUAUCCGAAGCUCCCAAACCGAGUGCGACCUGACCAACACCAUGAGCGACCUGCGUGCCUGCUACACCGCAGACGUGAUCUCAGAGCCACCCAUGGGAGUACCCAAAGAGCCCCAGGAGUACCCCCAUAGUAGCUCCCCACGCUUCUGCCCGUACACAGACACGGUUCUCCUGAGCCCAACCUUUAAACUCGAGGUCAAUCCGGAUGGGAGGACAGUCACAGUUCACGUCACUGACCCUUUGACCGCCGCCUUUCAAGAUGGCCGACAGCUCAGCAUCAGGGACGUGUUUGGGGAGGAGCUGGAGUACAAGGUCAUCUACAAGAAGAACAAGAGCACGGGCAAGAAAACGGCCAAAUCCAAUUCUAACGCAGUGGAGGUGACACGUUUGGACCGGGGGGAGAGCUACUGUUUCCAGGUGCAGGCUGUGGUCCGGUCUAGGCCCACCUCCACACAGGAGGGCGAGCUCAGCCAGACCCAGUGCACCCACCAACAGAACCCUUCACUCCUAGAUAAUUAUUCGGUGGGCGUCAUUGCUGGGGCCAUCCUGCUGCCCCUCCUGCUGGUGGGAGGGCUCAUCGCAGUGGUAGUGAUUUGCUGCAGACGGAGGAGCAAAAAGCAAAGGAAUGAGAAGGAGAAGGAGGCUGAGGCACUAAACGUGUAGAAGUGUGAGUGUGUUGCUGUGAACGCACUACGACACAUUCACUGUGUGGGGCUGUAAAUGCACCACGACGCAUUCACUGACUUUAGUUUCCGUGAAACUGCACCACACAUACCAGUAGUGGUUAUGUACUGUAAAAAUGUAAUAUGUUUGUAUGGUGUAUGAGGGAACACUAAGCUAGGGCUGGGCUCUGGUCUGAUAACUGCUGUUUUAUAAUAUUAAAGUGUUGUACUGUAUCAUGUGACCAUUUGUAGGCUAUAAUAUGAACUAGGAUUGCCAAAAGUAUCGAAAACCAUAUAUUAACCGAUACCAAAACUAAUAUUGGAACUUGAUACUCAAUUGAGCAGGUAUCAGUACUAAGAAAAUCACAUUCACAGGACAGAAAUGAACCAUUCCUUUUUAUAUUUUAUAUAUAGUUUUAGAAUGAUCCUGAGCUGUAUCCGACCUCUUAGACUAGAUUACGCCUGUGGACCACUAUGGAACCUACCUGGGCGACUGAGGGAUUACACAGAUAUAACGCCACAUGGUAAUAUGAAAGAAAGUACUACAGUUUAAUGUUGAAAAUCACAUUGUAUUGCUUGAAGAAAGAGUUCUUUUUAUCAUCAUUGUGGUAUCGGAAUCGGUACCGAGUAUCGAGUCUACUCCUUAGUAUUGUAAUCUAGUUUUAAAUUUUAGUAUCUUGACAACAUUAAUAUGAACAUGUGAUAGGUGGCGUUCAAGUGACGUCACAACACUGCAGAAUCCGUCUAGUUUAAACUGAACUGGAGACAGGGCAGAAUUCUAUGGUGGAUUUUGCUGCUCUCCAACUGAAAUUAUGACAUAACAAUUCAAGAAUGUAGCUUAGCUGAAUUUGAGUUGUAUUUUUUUUGUUUUAAAUAUUUAAAUUUUAAUAUAUCUUCCUUUCAUUUUUAAUACUACUGACAGCAACUUCCACAGUUUGACCCAGUCUAAAUGAGAUGGUAGAUGAAUGGUAUAGUGGGUCUAUUGUCCAGCUGCACUGAUGUAAUAGUGUCAUCCAUGCUUGUGGCCUGUGUAAACCGUUUUCACUGUACAAAUGAGAGCACUGCUGCAACACUGCCCCCUGUCUGUGGAUGGCAGGCCUUACACUCUAACACUCCUGUUAUAUUUGUAUAUUUGGAUUGCAGAAAUAGUUUAUAAAGUUAUAUAAUUGUUAUGUAUAAUUAUGCAUCUUGUAAUCAGCUCUUUAUACACCAUGUCCCCUUAGAAUUAUGAGGUCCCUUCUGUGUUCUGUGUAAUUCUGAGGUAUUAAGGUUUAUAGUGAAACAAAACACUAAACUAUAUUUUUUGUUACUAAACUGUGCGUAUGGUAUUUGAAUUGUGUUAUCUACUCUUCCUAGCCAUUUUUGUCAAUCUUAGUGCAAACUAAGUACAUUUACAAUUUUAGUGUGUGCUGUGCUUUCAUUGACUACUGCAAUUUCAAGUCCUAUGUGAUUAUAUCCAGAUGUUUCUGAUUACACCUGGCCAAUCACACUGGUGGUGUAAGACCACAUGGUGUUACAAACAUAUUGACUUUAAAAUUACAAUAUUGUCUAAAAAGAGCUUUUAAAAUGAUUAUUUCGGGAAAUGGGCUUUUGUUCAACCUAAAAAAAAUGACCAGGCUCAACACAAUUUUGCGCAGAGAAGGUAUCCAAGAAGAAUAUAACUCAGUUUUGACAAAAACACAGAUAGAACCGUAUAAUUCUAAGGAGACAAGUGUGUGCCGGGGUAUUGUAUUUGUGGAUGUAACAUAAUCUUAUAUAAAUGUAUGAGUAAAUGUGCUUUAGACUGUAUAGUGGUGGCUUUUAAACACUAGCUCUUUAUUUAUUAUGAUGGGACUGCUAUGGGAAACUACAUAUUCUAUUUUUGUAUUAAUUUAUUCUUUUGAUCACAGAAUACUUUUAUAUUUCUGAUUGUGGCUGUGUGUUAUGAAAUGAAUGAAUAAAACUAAAGCUUAAA